UUGAUCAACUUACUUGCACCUAAAACUAAAAAGUUACAUGCAGUGGCCAGUCUAAAACAAGAGCCAAUCAAAGAAUGAUCAAUCCAUUCCAAGGGGGGCCUAAAGGAUGUUGAAGCAGCCAUCAUGGGCCACGCCCUGUGUACCUGCUCCAGGGCAGUCAUCACCAUCAAUGACAAACGUUACCUUUUAAUCCAUAGGCUUGGGGAGGGUGGUUUUAGCUAUGUGGACCUUGUAGAAGGGUUGCACGAUGGGCAUUUCUAUGCACUCAAACGCAUCAUAUGCCAUGACAAAGAUGAUCGCCAGGAGGCCAUGCACGAAGUGGAGAUGCACCUGCUUUUUGACCAUCCCAACAUCCUGCCCCUGCAUUCGCAUGACAUGGUGGAGAGGGGAUCCAAAUAUGAGGCCUGGCUCCUGUUGCCCUUCCUUAAGAGAGGGACCCUUUGGCAAGAGAUUGAAGGUCUGAGAGAUAAAGGUGUCUUCAUGCCUGAGGAGCGGAUCCUUGCCAUCCUUCAUGGUAUCUGCCGGGGCCUACAGGCCAUCCAUAACAAGGGCUAUGCACACAGAGAUGUGAAACCUACAAAUGUGCUACUGGAUGAUGAUGACCAGCCAUUGCUGAUGGACCUGGGUUCCAUGAAUCAGGCACGCAUUGAGGUGCGGAAUUCCCGGGAGGCCAUGUCUGUCCAGGAUUGGGCUACCCAGCGUUGUACCAUCUCCUAUCGAGCACCAGAGCUGUUCACUGUUGAACGUGAAUGCAUCAUUGAUGAACGUACUGACAUCUGGUCCUUAGGCUGCGUUCUGUACUGCAUGAUGUUUGGCGAGGGGCCUUAUGACAUGAUCUUCCAAAAGGGCGACAGUGUGGCCUUGGCUGUGCAAAACCACAUCACCGUGCCCCAGAAUACCAGGUACUCGCCUGCCUUGGAACGUCUCCUCUCCUCUACAAUGGUGGUAAAUCCCCAGGAGCGUCCAUAUAUUGCUAAUGUCAUCAGUGAGCUUGAAGAGAUACAGCCAGCUCCCCCUGGACAGGACACCACACACAUCUAAGGCCACAGAAUGGGUGGAGAAGAUGGACGGCAGGAAAGUUGCUGCUCAAAAAGACUUGAUCAGGCCGGUGUGUUUGG